CCACGGAGCAGUCGCAGCCAUUUUACUCCGUCAAAUAAACUUCAACCUCACUGCCGGAGGAGAGCAAAACAUCACAGAGGACUUGCCAGUUGUCAGCUACGGAUAUAACACCAUGAACGUUAAGUCGGACGUACUGAGCUGUCCUGUGUUGUCUAGUUGGUGUGACUCCAUGGUCUAACAUUACUGUCAAGGGAAAGAAGCCUCUAACCUCGUUCCCUCUCUGUCGUCUGCUACUUAAGGUAGCAACCACACUCAACCUGAAGGACGGUGACCUGUUGCAUAUACUUGCUGCUUGCCUGGGACACCUCGAACAUCCCCAAGUUCUCUCCUGAAGUUGGAUGGAGCCCCAGGCUUCCCAGGGGCUCCUCGGGGCAGAAGGGAUGUGUCUGCUGGUGCCCAGUCCCCAGAGUGAAGCAGUGACCCAUGAAAUGGAGGAAUUGUCACUGCAGCCCACCCAGAAUCUGCUGCCGCUCAAUGAACGCAAGAACGUGCUGCAGUUGAGACUUCAGCAAAGACGAACUCGGGAGCAGUUGGUAGAUCAGGGCAUCAUGCCACCGCUAAAGAGCCCAGCUGCGUUCCAUGGGCAGAUUCGCAGCUUGGAGAGAGCCAGGACUGAGAAUUUUCUUAAGCAUAAGAUCCGCAGUCGUCCAGAGAGAGCAGAACUGGUCAGGAUGCAUAUCUUGCAAGAGACUGGAGCUGAGCCAUCACUACAGGCCACCCAGAUGAAAUUGAAAAGGGCCCGGCUGGCUGACAACCUGAAUGAAAAAAUAGCCCAGAGACCCGGUCCCAUGGAGCUAGUUGAGAAGAACAUAUUGCCUGUGGAUUCCAACCUUAAAGAGGCCUUAAUAGGGCAGGUGAACUAUCCGAAGGUCAUGGAUGAGGACAGCAGUGAUGCCUUGUCCCCGGAGCAGCCUGCCAGCCAGGAGUCUCUGAGCUCUCUGCCCUCACCUGGGGACAUCAAAUGCCAAGAACCUCCCUCGCCAGCCCUACCUCCUCCAGGCCCCAUUUUGAAGUCCCCCUCAGCUGCUACACAAUCCACGACAGACUUCAUGAGGGUGAUCGUUACUAAUGAGCAGCCUACAAGCCGCCCAGCCAUUUCUCAUGCUCAACCAGUCACUACAGUUGCUUCCUCUAAGCCAGGCCCAACCUUGGUGAAAGUGCGUGUACAAAGCCAGCACAAGAUGCCCUCCGAGAAGAUCCGCAGUAAGAAAGGCAAAGAUGCCAAACCCAGAGUGAAAAAGCUGAAGUACCACCAGUAUGUUCCACCAGACCAGAAGCAAGAGCCCAGUGAGGCCCCAAUGGACUCCUCCUAUGCCCGACGUUUGCAGCAACAGCAGCUUUUCCUGCAACUGCAAAUCCUCAGCCAGCAACAGCAACACUACAACUAUCAGACUAUAUUACCAGCCCCACUCAAGCCUGUGGCAGAACGCCAGAGCAGCAAUGCCAGCGGUAUACCGGCCUCCAUUGUGGUUUCUUUGCCCACUGCACCUCCACUGCCCCCAAUGCCUCUGGCCCGGCAGAACAACUCAUUAUCAAACCGCAAGCCCGGAGUCUUGCCUGCCAACCUGGAGGAGAUGAAGGUGGCCGAGCUAAAAUUGGAGCUAAAACUGCGUGGCCUCCCUGUGUCAGGAACUAAAACAGAUCUGAUCGAAAAGCUGAAGCCCUUCCAGGAUCUUACCAGCUCCUCAGCUCCCAACACUAUUCCCACACCUGCCACUACCACACUCACUGCCAUCCCCAUGGAGACUACCACUACCAGCCCUGCCAUUGUCCAUCCACCCCAGCAGGGAGCUUCUGAGAACAUGAGUGCCACACCUCCAGUCUCCCCUGUUCCCAACGAUCCAUUCACCCUCCACCAGGAUGCCAGCAUGUCUGAAGUUAAACAUGAAAUACAGUUAGUAUACUCAGGCUCAAGAAGACCAGGCUCCUCAGCUCUCCCAACCUUGCCCGUGCCAGAGAAGGACAGGAGGCUCCAUGCGAAAGAGCGGCAAAUUGAAGAGUUGAUGAGGAAGCUUGAACAGGAGCAGAAGUUGGUGGAGGAACUCAAAAUGCAGCUGGAGGUGGAGAAGAGGACUCAGAGCAGCUAUACCGAUUCUACCACCAUAGGCUCCAAGCUCACUACAGUUUCAUGUUCCAUGAACCCUGUUUCCACAGUCCUGAACGCAAACACUGUAAAACCAGAGAAAACAGUCUUGACAAACUGCUCUCCAACUUCCCUUCCUAAUUCUAUCCUGGGCUCCCAGACUCUAACAAAUCCACUGCAAACUGUGGUCAAGUUGGAGGAUGUGACUGUUUCUUCUGGAAAGCCAAUCCAGCUGCAAUCCCAAACACAGCUCAUCACCCAAACCCAGGCCCAAGUAAGCACUAGCCCACAGCUUCUCUGCCAUUCCCACAGAAGCCCCAAACUCAAGACCCAACCACAGUCUCAACCCACCACCCCCAGCUUGCAGCAGUUCUUCAUCAGCCAUCCCGGCGGGGUGUCCCAGGUGCUCGGGCAACGCCAAACCUUGUUAACCACAACUGGACAACCUCCAACUCUGCUGACAGCAAGUGGCCAUACUGGAACUCAGAUCCUACUCCCUAUGUCACUACCUAACAACGCCACUGCCAUCAAGCUCCCAAGCACAACCGUCAACCUGCAACCUGUCCUUCAGGCUACUGCCACAAAUCCAGGCCUCAUCCCAGCCUCUAUUUCUCAGCUGCAGAGCACCAAGAUGGAGAUGUCCCCUAACCAGCAGUUAGCCAAUCACAACUCAUUGCUGCAGACUUUGACUAUGUGCAAUAAUACAACUGACAUGGAGAACCACACUCGGCUCGAGAUAAAUCCCCAGUGUUUUCUGAGGAGCUCCCCAGACAGAAGGGCCUCUCCUCAGGCCUCGCCCAACCACGUCAGCAAUGGGCCGCUCAAUAAGUCUUCCUCUCCACAGCCCACCUUCAUCCUCCAGCCUGCGUCUCUUCUAUCUCAGCCUCCCAAGACACGAGAGCCUCCUCGCUAUGAGGAGGCUGUCAAACAGACCCGCAACUUGCAUGUUAACAAUGUUUCACAGGUUGCCACAGCAACAAGUCAGCAGAUGGAUGACUUGUUUGACAUUCUCAUACAGAGUGGAGAAAUCACUCCAUUUAUCCAGCACAACCCUGAAGUGUCUGUCAUCAAGACCCAGCCGGUCACUGCCAACAUCACCACCCUUCCGGUCAACACCGUCCUCUCCAGACACCCUCCUCAGAUCCAGGUGGCUCCUCCUCCGAUCUUGAGUCUGGCCAUCGACCCCAGCCUGCCUCACCUCUCCUCACUAGCCACCGACAACCAGUUGGAGGCCUUUCUGGAGAGGACGCUGGCCGACACACCGGCGGCAUCCGACCCUCGCACCCGGGGCCUGAUGGAGGAACUGCAGGCACAGCUGAUGGACCAUCAGCCUUACUCGCCCAUGGACACAUCUGACCUGUCCUUCUGUGACUCGUCCUCCCCGCAUUCCUCUUUCAAUAUGGGUCUGUCUGAUCCAGCGCUGGACAACAUGGAGUGGCUGGACGUCACCAUGCCACCAGGUCCCGGCGGGGCUCUCACGCCGCUCGGGAUCCCGACAGACUUCCUGGACACACAUGACCUGCAACUGCACUGGGACUGACAAAUGAAUAUGAGAAGAGCUGGGGAAAAGUAGCUGAGAAGGAGCGCACUAAAGGAAAACCGAGAUCCCGAAAUAUACCCCACCAUACCACUUUACAGGCAGUGUAGUGAUUCACAGGGAAUGACAAGCAGGAGAUAGUACAUCUUUAAAUGAUGUCACUUGUAGUAUUAUGAUUGGAGGGGGGAAGUAAGGGAUAACGACUGUUUCGCCGUCUGAUGUCACGAUUGUUUAGCGAGGUAAAGAGGAUUUGGAACCAAAGGAAAUCUGGUAGCAAGGACUUUUUGUACAUAAUACGUCCUCCAGGAUCUCCAGGCCUGGCUCAUCGUAUCCAUUGCAGGAUUAUCAACCAGCAGCCGUAACGAUGGCUGCUGUAUAAAAAUGAGGUCGUUCUAACACAACGACAGUCUUCCUGACCCAUCCUGCAUGUUUGCCGACUUAUCAAAUGUGACUUGUUACACUGUUAUGACGCUGAUGAACUGAUUGCGGUGGAGGUAGGAUGCUAUGAAAAGCAGUUUGAGCAUUUAUUCGAUAUCCUUGAUAUGCAUCUUAAAGCCCAGUAGUAGUAUGUUCGUUGUUCUCACUAAUAAGACAAUUCAGCACACCAGUAGAGUUAAUGUUAUCUUACUAGUAAAGAUUUUUUUCAAUAAAUGCUCAAAAGGCUUUAUGGAAAGUCAUAUGAGCGUUUAUUCAACGUCAAGGAUAUGAUUGAAAAUUGUCUUAAAAUAAGUACUGUAAGACUUUUUCAGUAGAAAGGAUAUCGAAUAAAUGCUCAAGCGGCUUUCCAUAGGAUUCCUCUCUGACCACACGGGAGCUAUGCAUCGAAGAGGUGUGGAGUCGGUCGCCUCAAAACUACGCUAAUGUGAACUCCGCAUAUCACAAGUUGCUCCAAAACGAUCAACAUUGAUUGUGAUCAGUGCCGCUCGGGAUCACGAGGCUGAUCGUCUUUUAGAGAUUUGCCGUUGGGUCUCUUGUUUUUGAAUGUAUUCUGCAGAUUUGACAAAAAAAGAGAUUUUACUCGUAAUGCCGGCAGCUAUUGUGACGAACAAUUGGGAAAAGGGAACAAAUACCAAUUGCGCUUUCAGUCGGUGUGGCUUACGUGGUUUACGGCACAUCAGUGAUCCAUAAUGUAUUCGGAGAAGUUGACUUGCAUAUCUGCCCUAUCCCUACACUGUGUGGGUAUGUGUGUGUGUGUGUGUGUGUGUGUGGCGUCAGGUUGGGAUAACCUAUUAUUGUUGCAGGAAUGAGAAUACAGUGGAACCCCUAAGGUUGAACACGGUCCAUUCUGUGACGCUGGUUGACUCACAAUUUUGUAACCAUUUUCCCAUAGGAAAUAAUUUCAAGUGAUUUAGUCUGUCCCAGAGUCAAACAGUUUUUCUUAACUGUGUAGGCCAGGGAGUGCGUAAAAAAACAUUCACGGGGGACACGUUCCAGACCCACCCGCAACAGGUGAAAAUCUGUGAUAUAGAUGGACCAUAUAAAAAACACUUCAAUUAACAAUUGAUUAACAGUGGGAGUGAAGACAGCCAAUUUUGCUGCUGUCUUUUAUUAUCAUUACUAAUGUCAAUUAUUCAUUGUCCUGCAUGUGCUACGGUGCAUCGUCUUCCCGUCUUUCUGCAUGUGUGUUGUCUUUCCGUCUCCGUGUGCAUGAUUGUCCUCAAGUCUCGUUCGUGUCAACAAAACGUGCUACCACGAUCAAAUCGUUUACGAAUGAGUAACAAAAGGCUUCUAACGACUUUUCUUGGCUGCUUGUUGUCCAAACAUGUACAGACACCCUGAGAGGUGUCAGCAAAGAGGGCUCUGCUAUUUUUAAAACCUUGUCUGUGUCAUAUAUGCAAAAUAGCGAGCCGCUCUUGUCCACAUCUUCAGUUCAGUGCGGAGUUCCAGUUAGAUUCUGCUUCUUUCCCUCAUCUCGUACCACUUGUUCUGUUCUUACGUCCGUGACCACUAGAGGGCGUCGCCACGCUUGGUUUUCAACUGCAGCAUUCCAAAGGAUUCGAAUUGUGUUAUAGGCUGGAUUUAUACUGAGCGCGCAAUUCUGAUUUAAUGUCUGUUUUUUUUUUUUUUAAUGUAUAUUUCAAGUGACACAUAUCAGAUAUGGCGGUGUUUACGUUGACAUGAAACAACCCGCCCACAUUGCACGUGUACAACUCCACAAGUGUCAAAACCUGGCAGUGACAACACAGAAUUGAACAAUAAUACAUAAAAAAAAUACCAAUAUUAAACAUCACAAUACAGUUAAGAUGGCCUGGGCUGAUUUAAAUGAUGCCAUUGAUUUGAGUGUCACAUUUCUCUUCACCCCCCUCAUGUCUGUGUCUGUGUGUAUGUAUGAAAGUGCACAAAAGCCAGCAAUACCUGGACAAGGUUUGAGCCAAACUCAACUUUAGACCCUGUUUGUUCCACAUCUGUGCACAAACAAACAUGAGUUGAAGCAGUUUGGUGGCGAUCUACUUGUGUUAACUCUGUAUUGUGAGGCCAACUUGUAUUUUUCUCUCCCCACAUUACUGAGCGUUAAAUCCUCGGGGCUAGGUUAUCCUUUUUGGUUUUAUAUUAAUAUCUGUUUGCUUUAAAUAGUGUCAACUUUGAAUGCUCUAUGCCCCCCCCCCCCCCCCCAAAAAAAAAGCGUUAGGAUAUAUUAUCACUUUUUUAUUUAUCACUUGUUUUCAGUUUGACAUGUUUUUUUCCCCCCUCUUUGUAAAACUAUUUUUGUUUGCUUUUUUAAAAAUUAUAUAUAUAUAUAUAUAUAUAUAUAAUGUUUUGUCAUAUCGGACCUCUCGGCUGCAGUUGUGCAGGCUAUCGGACUCUCACUGGCCAGUUGAGGACAGCUCGUGCUGUAGUGAUGACAGCUGCUCCUUUUCUUGAUGUACUGUACUUGAAUGCAGACUCACGCGACACUCAAAAUCCCUUCAUAUCAGAACGCUUCUUACAGACUGCACAGUUUAUUGCCGCGCUAACAUUUUGAGAUUUUCAAGCUAAGUGCAAACCAUUAAGGGAUGUUAAACUAAGCACAAGUGAGGUUCUGGCCCUUCUGCAGCCGAUCCCUUCAUUGUAGCUUUUGGUCCCUCUUCUCCCAUUGCCUCUUGUUGUUCGUAUGCCAUACGUUUUGCACAUUAUGUACAUAUUUAUAUAGAUGUAAUUCAUAUUUUUAUACAUGUGUGACUUCCACGGGCUCUCUAUUUUGUAAAUACUCAGAAAGUUGUAUGACUUUUAUGUGACAAUAAAAAUCUGAUGUACUAUGAA